AUGACGAUAAAUAACCAGGAGUUCUACAGGUUGUUCAAGAACUCGAAAUUGGCCCAAGUGGCCAAUCCUUUGAGGAAGACUAUGAGGGACCAAAGUGCUCUCCCAACCCACCAAAUCAUAUACACGCCCAAAUCUUCAGCCAUUAGAUCUAACUUCGGUAUGAAGAGUUAUUUACCCAAGCAAAUCGGGAGUUCUCACAUUAUCUUUAACGACAUCGAUAACAAGAAGAAUAUGCCUGAUGUAGAGAAAUAUUCUGGGUCCAUGUACAACAGAUUGAAGUUCCAAGAGACUGGAGCAGUGGUGAAGAAUUUCUUCAGUGAAUCGAACCUCUUGUUCCCCUCUGGCUCCACUAAAUCAGUUCAGGCUAAAUCUGAUACUGAAGACUUGCCCGCGCUCUUUUAUCUUAGCAGCCAUGCCAGUGUCAAAGACUGUAAGAAGAUGAUGCAGAGAAACCCGAAGCUUUUCAAGGGCUUCCAACAGUGGCUCUUGAAGAACAAGCCUCAUGAUUUGAUCUCGUCAAGUAACCAGCUGGUCCUCUUGAAGAACUUGAGAGAGUACUUGAAAACUGCUCCUAAUGAUGUCAUUGUCAAGUAUAAGCCAAGUGUUGCUGAUUUCACCAAGAAGCACGGUAAAUUAUCCAACAACGCACCAUCCGUGCAGAUACAAGGUAACGCUGGAUUCUCGUAUGCAUUGAAGGGAAGAUUCAACAACACACCAAACGGAAUCAAGUAUGGAUCUGUUGCUCCAGGUAGAAUAGUCAGCGAUAGAGGAGUUGCCGUGGGAGGUUUUGUUGCUAGAUUGAACGAACGUACUGCCACUUUACAACACAACUAUGCCAAGAACUACCCUGGUAAGCACACACGUCAAUUCGUUAUGCCAUUCAAGAUAACUGAAGCUGAGUUAACACCUGAAGGUCGUAUUAGCUUGAAUGCUGACGGUGUCAAGGUAGGUUCCUGGUUGCAGGAGACCGAGUCUGACGAACCAUCCAUCGAUAGAUCAAACUACCAACCACAAUAUCCGAACUUUGGCAGCGCUGCCCAAAGAAACGGAAAGAACAACACUGCCUUGCAGAACUUGAUGAACUUGAUCAGCCAUUAA